AUGUCUACACAACCGUCACCAUCACCAAAUGUGUCAGACGACUAUAUUACCAAAGCCAAGGGGUUAAUAUCUGAACACCCGUAUUUGAUGCUUUCGAAAUCAUGGUGUCCUGAUUGUCAUUAUGUCUACAAUUUAUUUCAACAACAAGGAAUAUAUGAUAAGUUGCACAUCAUUGAAUUAGAUCAAAUUAAAGAUCAAAAGGAGGCUGCGGCUUUGGAAAGUGCAUUUACCGAGAUCGUAGGCAAGAAGUGGGUGCCACUGUUAUUUUUCAAAGGAAAGUAUUGGGGUAAUGAACAAGAUUUGAAAAACUUGCGCAAGGACGGGCAAUUGGAAGCAGAGUUGGAAAAGCUAGCAUUGAUUAGAUAG